AUGUUUUUAUCUAUAGAGCUCGAGUAUUGCUCACACAUUAGGGGUGCUGGGAGGGAUGUCCGACUGAUCGAUGACUCUUCUUUAACAGACAAAGAACAAGUUACGAUACAAACUUUAUGGUCUCGAUUAAGAGAUAGGGCAUUAUUUGAUGGUAGUGCCACGUCUUUAAGGCGGUUGCUUAGAGAUCUUGGAUUUAAGUGGCUUAAGGACAAUCCGCGACGAGGGCUCAUGGAACUACCAAGUAUAGCUUUGAAAAGGGUGGAAUUUCUAAGGCAAUACAAUCAAGCCAAGGUUGAGGCCUUAUACCAGUUUGUCUUCCUCGAUGAAACUUGGAUAUUUCAAAAUGGGACCAUAGGUCGCUCUUGGCAAAAUGGAAACCAAAAAAGCGUGAAGGCUAUUAAAACAGAUGGUAAAAGAUACAUUAUAUUACAUGCUGGAAAUGAAAAUGGGUUUAUUGAGGGUAGUGAAGCGAUAUUUUCUUCGAAAACACAAUUGAGCGAUUACCAUGGAGAGAUGAACCAGGACAAUUUUUUGAAAUGGUUUCAACAUCAGUUAUUAGAAAAAUUGGAGAGUCCAUUUAUGAUUAUACUGGAUAACGCCCCUUAUCACAGCAUGAUAUUGAACAAAGUGCCCAACAAUGCAUGGACAAAAAAAAAUAUCCAAGACUGGUUGACAAAUCAAAACAUACCAUUUUUAAACACAAUGUUUAAAACAGAACUAUUGAGUAUUGUUGCUCGAAACAAACCACCUAAAAUAUACGUGAUUGAUGAAUUGGCGGAACAACAUAGGCACAAAGUUCUUCGUCUGCCUCCUUACCAUUGUAUAUUUAACCCUAUUGAGUUAAUUUGGGGCAUAGCAAAAGGUUACUAUAACAGACAUAUUGGUAGAGAUGGUAACAGUGAAAAAGACUGUUUGGAUAUGUGGAACGAGGCUCUACAAACGGUUACCCCAGACAUGUGGAAAAAUAGUGUUCGACAUACUGAGCAAGAAAUUUUUAAAUGGUAUGAAAGAGAACGAAUUUUUGAUCGACCAGACAUCGAACCUUUAAUAAUCAACUUUGAGAGUGAUGAAGAUUCAGAUUCAGACAGCGCUGAAGAAAGAAACUCCGACUAA